CACUUGAAUUCGUGCGCUCGCCGUAAACACAUCAAUUCUCGGGUGAAAUUGUCGUCUUUAUUGUGCAAAAAGAAUUAGAAAAAAAAUCUUAAACCAUUAACAUAGUAUACAUAAAAGGUAGAGAACGAAGAAAAGAUAUUUUAAUAGUCAUAAAACAAAUUAAAACGAAGCAACAAAAACGAGUAGAAUUCUUAAACAUCGUGCAAAAUCAAACGAAAAAUACAUCCAGGAAAAGUGUAUAUAUCGAGCAGUAGCGGAAAAUUUAUAUAAAAAAUUACAGAAAAAGUUAGCGGCAAGCAAAAACUAACACAUACAAAGAAAAUCGAUAAAUCGAUUAGCUUAGCAGCUCUCUCCCGAAUUUCACACACGCUUCAAUUAAAACGCCAUCUUCAGCGUUGCCAACGACUUUUUAGCAGUCAACGUUGACAUAAGAGACGCAGCCGUCAUCGUCGAGACAGCGCAGCAUUAAAGUAAAAGAACAAAUUUACGCAAGAGCGAAGUUGUGAAAAAGCAUCAAAAUUAUUGCCGCAACGAGGAAAACACACGCCAACGCAAUGGACUUUAUGAUGGCGAAUGCCGGUGCUGCAGGCACAGUAGACGCUCAGGCCCAGCUAAUGGCUCAAACCGCCGCCAAUCCGGCCGCUGCCGCAGCCGCUCUAGCCGCUUCGAAUGCUUCACCUGCGCAGACUGCUGCCGCUGCUGCAGCCGCACAACUGCAACAGCAGCAGCAGGUGCAGCAGGCCAUUUUACAGGUGCAGCAACAGCAAACACAACAAGCCGUCGCCGCCGCCGCUGCUGCCGUCACCCAGCAAUUGCAGCAGCAAACUACCAACGGAAAUACGAAUACCCAACAGAAUGGCAAUAAUAACGGCUCAUCCGAGACACGUACUAAUCUCAUUGUAAACUAUUUGCCACAAACAAUGACCGAAGAUGAGAUACGUUCACUAUUCUCCAGUGUAGGUGAAAUUGAGUCUGUAAAAUUGAUACGUGACAAAUCACAAGCUUUUAUGGAUCCACUAAAUCCGCAAGGACCAAAUAAGGGUCAAAGUUUGGGGUAUGGCUUUGUCAACUAUGUACGCGCACAAGAUGCCGAACAGGCUGUUAACGUAUUGAACGGGCUGCGUUUACAGAAUAAAACCAUCAAGGUGUCAUUCGCACGCCCCUCAUCGGACGCCAUUAAGGGUGCGAAUCUAUAUGUGUCGGGACUGCCGAAGAAUAUGACACAGCAAGAGUUGGAGGCAAUUUUCGCACCAUUCGGAGCUAUAAUCACAUCACGCAUACUACAAAAUGCCGGCAAUGAUUCACAGACCAAAGGUGUCGGUUUCAUACGUUUCGAUAAGCGCGAGGAAGCAACACGUGCCAUUAUUGCACUGAACGGAACCACACCACCGGAUUGUACCGAUCCGAUUGUGGUGAAAUUCUCAAAUACACCGGGUAGCACUAGCAAGAUAAUGCAACCACAAUUGCCAGCAUUCCUCAAUCCACAGUUGGUGCGGCGCAUCGGCGGCGCUAUGCAUACGCCGGUCAACAAAGGCUUGGCACGUUUCUCCCCCAUGGCCGGCGAUAUGCUCGAUGUUAUGCUGCCAAAUGGUUUGGGUGCGACAGCGGCCGCUGCUAGUGCAUUAGCUAGUGGUCCGGGCGGUGCUUAUCCCAUUUUUAUUUACAAUUUGGCACCCGAAACUGAAGAGGCAUCACUGUGGCAGCUAUUCGGUCCAUUCGGCGCAGUGCAAUCGGUUAAAAUUGUUAAGGAUCAAACCACAAAUCAAUGCAAAGGCUACGGCUUCGUGUCGAUGACCAAUUAUGAUGAAGCGGCAAUGGCAAUUCGUGCACUAAACGGUUAUACACUGGGCAAUCGGGUGCUACAAGUUAGCUUCAAGACCAACAAAUCAAAGUAAAUUAUCUUUCCAGCGAAAAAUCUACAGUAGUAACAGCUAACUGCAACAAUAGUGGUAGUACACAAUAACAUCAACUGUAACAAUAACACACGCAUACACAAUGAAAACAACAAUAACAGCAAUAAUAACAAUGUAGCGGAAAUACAGUAGUAACAGCAGCAACAUAUUGCGGACGGACAAAAACUGUAAAUCGGUGAAUGGGGAGCCGAGCUGCAACCCGACCGCAGGCAAGUUAGUGGAAAUGCGCGGGUUGGCUUUGUUUAAAAUUGGUAAAAGUGUGUGAUGUGCAAGGCGUGUUGUGGGGAGGAUGAGUUUGCUCUUCCUCCCCCCAACAUUCGCAACGCACGCCAACCUCGUAUAUUCCAUUUUUUAUUUAUAUUUUUUAUAUUAAGCAUAUGUUAAAGAAAGUCCAACUUGAAGCUAUACGAAGCUGGAAAUUAAAUUAAUUAAUUAACUUUUGAAAGUGAGGUUAAUUAAUUUAAUUUGUUACACUGUAAAUUCUAACACAAAAUUACAAGCGCGGAGUAGUAGAUAUGUGCAGAGAAAUAUUGACAACAAGAAAUUUGUGUUGUAGCAAAAUUUUGCGGUUACAAGGCACUUAUAAAAGGGAUGUAACUAUUCAGUAUAUCUGUAGCGUAGUGAAAAUAUGAAAACAAAAAAGAGCAAAGAGAAAUCAUUUGAAUAUAUUUUUCCUUAUCAGCUUCCACCCACAGUGGCUUUGCGAAAAGCAAAUGGACGCACAUAAAUGCUUAAAAUGGCGCGCCAAAUGCCGCUAGCAACCACCCGUAGUGCGCGCAAGCAAGCGGCAAGCUUCCCACGCGCCUCAAAUAAUUGGGGUGGUUACGGCAGGCACUUCAAAUCAGUCCUAGUGUAACGGCUGGCAGCACAGCACAUGUGUGUCUGUUUGUUAGUCACCUGAAUUUCACAAUGCCAAAGCAGUGAAGGAAAAAUAUAUUUCACAGUACAUUUGUAUGUACAUAUGUGUAUGUUUGCAUUUGAAAUACAUAUUUGCAAAUUUUGGCAAUUUCAAUCAAUGUUCUGCGAGUGUUGGCUUAAUUUAGAAAAAUUGGCCUGUUUGGUAAUCAAAUUGGCAAGCAAAAUCUGAAAAUUAUUACUCGAAAGUUUGGGCUAUUUUUAAAUUAACCAACAGCUGCAACUCGUGGCUGUAUACUUGCAUGUGUGCGUGAACACGAAUACACUUAUAUUUAUUAAAUCUCAGCAAAAAUAUAAACGAAUCAGCUAGCUGCGCCACACAUUCAAAAAUUAAAGACAAAAAAGUCAUUUUAUAUUUUCACUACUCUAGUCUGAAAUAAACUAGAAAAAAUGCAAAGAAAAAUUAUGAAAACGAAAGUUUUGCAAAAUUAAGGCUCAAAACAAUAUUUCUGCAUCCUCUAGAAUUUCUUAACUCGAUGUAAUAUUUGUUAAUAUCCCUAUAAACAAAAGCCAAAACGUAUGUGUGAAAAAAAAUGAAUGAGUACCCGUUUACAAAUUGAAAUCGAACAAAGAGAUCAACGCACGAUUUUCCAAAUUAAAAACCGUUUCGAACAUUUCGAAAACUAUAGUUGUAUGAAAACUACUGCUGCACAAGUAUAUCACAAAACCGUUUAGCUCAAUGAGCGCCAAUUAGGCAGUAACUAAAAAGAAUUAGUGAACAGUUCUUUUAAAAAUACACUAAUAAUUAAGAAAUAAAGGCAAACAAAAAUCUUCCAAAACAACCUUGGCCUGCCGGCAGCAAUAAAAGUAUUUCAAAUUUCAUUUGCAAUUUUAAAAGUUGAAAAAGUUGACAAUUUUUAUACGUUUUCUAACUCAAAAUAUGCGUUAUAAGCAAAUGAUAAAUUUAAAUGCAAUCAAAUGUGCAGCAAGCGCUCGAAAGAAAGGCUUGAAGAAAGACGAGUGCGUACGCAGGUUUUAAAGUAAAGCAUAACUAUAAUACAACAAUUAAUUGAAUGUUUAAACACAACUCUAUUUGGGUAUAAAAGCGCAUAAUAAAAAUGAUUUUCAUUUAUAAGGUUAGCGAAACGAAAAAAAAAUUCUUAAAACAAUUGAUAAAGUUAAUGAGUUUUGUGGCAUUCAAGAGUGAAAAACCAGAAAAGUAGGAGCGAUGACAUGUAAUUUAAAUUAAAUAAAAAAUAAACUAAAAUUUUAAAAAUUAUUUAACGAACUAGCAAAACAAAACAAAAAUAGUAAAUAAAAUAAUAUAUGAGUAAUAACCUUAGAGACUAUAGUAAAAGCAACGUCAAGGAGGCUGCUACAGUAUUAAAUAGCAAAAGUUUAAAUUUAAAUAAUUAAAAAAAUAUAACUAAGAAAAUAAACAAAAGUUGGGUGUAAGUUCAUAAAAAUAUACAUAUGUAUGUAACUAGAAAAUAAAGGGGCAAAGCCUGCGUGCGCAAAUGCAAAUUUAUAGAAAAAGUAGGUCUUUUGAAUUUUAAAUGAGCUAAACAACUAUAACGAGACAGUAUCGAAUGAGCAACAAUAAUUAUUAAAUAAACAUUGCGCCUCCAGAAGGCUAAAUUUAAAUUAAUUAAAUAAUAUAUCCAAUAUCAUAAAUAACUAUCCACACUCGAAAGUUAAUAUAAAUUUUAAAAUAAUAUAAAAACUUACAUAACAUAUUAAACAUAAAAAAUUUAUUUAAAUUUAAUUAAACAUUAAUUGAUUGAAAGGUUGCUUGCAGAUCCCUUUUGCAUAUUGACGGGAAAAACGCACAGCUUGUUGUGUAUUUUGGUGGCGAAAAGUACGAACAGAGUGUUGUUGUUUUUAGGCACUACUUUUACACCUUUUGCGCUUUAAUUCAUGCUAAUAGUGCGCUGAAUUAGUAAACAACUUAAAAUAACAGUAAAAUAUUCACAUGAUAUAACUUCAUUCUUUCAAAAUAAAAAAUAUUAUAUAAAAUAUUUUUAACAACUAAACAAUUAGUUUAAAACGAGCUUUUAAAGAGUCAAAGGGAAUAGCCUAACACCGUUUUAGUGCGCUCAAUUCAAAAAAAUAUGUAUUACUAGUUAUUUUCAACAGCAGAAAGCGGCGCAUCCUUAAUACGGUUAGAGCGUUUUUCUUCUUUUUCGUCACCACCUACGCACAAAGCGCAUAACAUGAAUGUUCAAUAAUUUGUUUGAGACAAAAUUACAAUGUGAAGCACAAAACACCCGAAAUACAAAUAAACUAUACAUACAUAAUUCAGUGUGAAAUGUUUUAAGCUUUAGGCUGCGUACAUAUAUACACACACAUAUAUAUUAUUGACACAUAUACACAUGCAUCAACAUUCGUAUAAUGUUUAAAAAAAUCAAUUUGUUUAUUUUUAAACGUAAUUUGGUUUGUUUACAAUCAAUGGUUGCAGGUAUUUGUUUGAGGAGCAGUUUUGAUUUGUUGAAAUAUAUUUAAUAGACAUUUGUUACAAUUACGAUUUUGUGUUGUUUGUGCUUCCACGAAUAAUGCCCCUUUGAUUUUGUUCGUUUGUAGUGCAGUACAUUGACAUCUUGUGUUGAUUUCUUUGUUUCAAUUUACUUUACUUUGAGUUUUGCGUAAAUGCGCUUCAACUGCUACUUGCUACAACCCACAUGAGUUCGAAAUGUCAAAAAUACUAUUUUCGAACAAUAUUUGAAUUACUUUUCAAGCGUUUAACCAACAUAUUUGAAGGUGUUUAAAGUUAUUUAUUAAUAUAAUUUUUUCGAUAAGUUCGAUUUCUCAACACGGCUACUACUCUUAUGUUUGUUGUUGUUUUUUUUUGUACCCACGCUCGUAAAUUAUAAUUUUGUCAAAAAGAAAAAAUGUGUGAUCAUGUAAAAUUGACGCGCGUGUUCUCCCUACUAUUUUGUACACAUAAUUUAUAUAUUUAUUCAGUCCAUAUACAAUACAUACACACGCAUACAUAUACAUAGAUAUAUAAAUAGUGAACGUACGUAAGUAAUUAAGCAAAAUAUAUUUAUAUACAUAUUUAUUGCAUAUUUACACAACUUAUAUUAAUUUAUAUUUACAAACAUAUGUAUGUAUACAUAUGUAUAUUUAUUUCCAAUAAUUUUGCUUUCAAAUUCAGUUUUAACUCAAACCAAACUAAGCACUGUUUCUCAAUAAUGUUGAAAAAUAGUGUUUAUACAGCUUAUAUACAUAUGUAUAUAACAUAAUUUAUUUUUGCAUUAAUAUUAAUAUUUUAUUACACAAAACACCAUUAACUAUACAAAUUUAAACUUACAUACAUUCAUACAAUAUGUGUACGUGUAUGUCUACAUAUAUAUUUAUAUAAUUAUAUUUUUGCAGCUGUUAAGUGGUUUUAGUUUUAAAGUUCACAAUUUUUAAAUUUCAAUUUAGCAAAUUAGCUAAAAAUUAACUUGAUGUGGGUAUUCACAGUGUGUGUGUUUGCUCGACACCUUUUGCUAACGGGGAAAACGCGCACCGUGAAUACACUCAUUGAUUUUUGCUUUUAUUUUAGUUUUUUUUUUUUUCAAUUUGUAAUUUUGAGGUUAGCUAAGCAUGCGCAAAUGCAGGCAGUAGUAAGUGAAGUUACAAAACAAAAAGAAACCCAGAGAAAAAGUAAUCACUAUUUAUUAAAUAGUUAUAUAUUAGUACAUUUUUUGAUGCUAAACAACUGGGGACGACUGAAGUCUCACAGUUGCUUAUAUAUAAAUAUAUAUAAAUUAUAUUUUUUUCGUAGGAGUAAACGUGUAGUAUGAACAAAGUAAAAAGAACAAGCAAAUGUAUGAGAAAAAGCAAACGCUAAGCGAAAAACGCAUAAGAACAAAUAAUUUAAUUAAGUUAAAAUUUAUAAAUUUAAAAAAUUACUUUUAAGCAUAAUGCAUAGUAGUAGUAGUCGAAGCGAAACAGAUGGUAAAAAUACAAGUAUACACAAAACGCAUGAAACAAACAAGAAUUCUAGUCAAAAAUGCAGAACAAAAAUGCAAAAGGAUGUUAACGGAAAAAAUGUAUUGAAGGAAAAACUAAACUAAAUUGCUAAAGCAGUUAGGCAGAAGUUCUAAAUUGCAAGCAUUAUAAUAACAAAAAAUGCUUCAAUGUCGCAUAGCAAUUAUGCAUGACAAGCAAAAGAAAACAAGAGUAGAAAUGCAGCUAUAGUAACUAACCCAUACACAUACACAACUCACAUCAUCCAAAACUACAGAAUGCGCUACUGCGACAAUAAGUACUAGAAAACAGUCAGCGCUGAUAGUGCGUUCAACAUGCGUUUAAUGCAAUUAUUAUGUUUGAAAGUAAUAAGUGUGGCAAAAAACCAAUUAGCAACUGCUAAAAGUUGAUUUAGAAAGCAUUUUUCGAAUUAUAGUGUGUUUUCCAAACGUGCGCUGCGGCUGCAAAAAUGCUCUUUCUUUUCUCGCCUCCAUAAAUUUCUGUAACAUUAUACUUUCGGUGGACCCUAAUGAAGGUUUCAAACAUUCAUUGCCAGAAUUUGAUAAAAAAAAUGAUUUUUUCAAACUAGAACCCUAAUAAAGGUUUCGAACAUUCGUUGUCAGAAUUAUGAUAAAAAAAUAUUUAUUUUUUUCAAAUUUCUAGACUAGAAUAUCCCCUUAAUAAAAUUAUUUAUACAAAAAUCAGUAAAUUAUGUUAAGCAGUUUUCCCGAGCGUUUCACGAUCAAGAAAUUGCUUUCAAGUUGCAAUAUACUCAUACUUUUCUACUACCACACUUGCGCUUUUCGAACUUGCACGCGGUCUUAAAAUGAUAUGCAAUUGUGCUGUAAUAUGAAUAUUUCGUUAUAUUCAAUUUCAAUCAAUUUUGACAAGUAGGAAGUGAUGAAGAUCAAAUUAAAACCCAAGUUCUUGAUCGUGUAACUGCAUUGUUUUUGAAGGUCUCUUAAAUGCUCGAAAUUUUUUCGAAGUACAAAAAUUAGAUGUCCAAUAUUUUUCACGUUUGAAGGCAGUGUCUUCAAAAUCGUUCGCAAUGCCCACAACAGUUUGUUUUCUAAGGCAUGUGUAGCCUCCACGUUAAAAAUACUGCUUUAAAUAAAGCGGAAAAAGCUUUGAACGCAUGUUUGUUAAUGUACAAGAAUGCUGUAGUGAUUUCUAUUUAUUUUUUUAAAUUCUCUAUGCGAAUAGAAAAUAGUACGUGCUAAGGUUUAGUUCAAAUUGCACACUAACACCGCUAAAUUAUUUUGAAAGCAGCAAAUGCGGUCUGUAAAAAGCGAUUACAAAUACAUAAUUUUGUUUUGCUAACGAGCGAAAGGAUAUUCUGUGCAAUAGUGUCUACGCGAAAAUGUGUAUCUCAGAAGAAAGUAUAAAUUUUUGCUUAUAUUUUAUUAAAAUUUACUUCGUAAUAUAGUAACUACUUUAAGCAUAAUAAUUUUUAUUAAACAUUAGAAAAAAGAGAAACCUUAAUAACAACAAAAACAUCAACAUGUACAUAUGUAUGUAGUUGAAAAUGUAAGCGAAAAAAAUUGCACAAAAGUGCAUAAGCGCCAAUUUAUCGUUGAUGAUGCAAACUUAUGCUUUCUAUUUUCUUGACACACGAAACAAACGCAAAUUCCCAAUAGAGAAAUGCAGCAUCUGCAAUGAUACGCCAUUCAAAUAUGGACAAGUAGAGAUAAGAGCGCGUGCGCUCAUGCAAGAGCAAAAGCGGCAAAGUGUUCUACAAGCGCAUAUUGCCAAGAAAGCCGUAAUUUAAUAGAAGUCAAUCCGAAAAAUAAGUAAAAAAAAUUAAAUAAAAGGUGCAUAUCAGUAUUGCAGCGCCGCGUUGAAGCAAGUAAAUAGUAAAACUGCAUAAAUAUAUGAGAGAAGAGCACAGACAGUAAAGUAGUGAGGAGAGUAGCAGGGAGUCAGCAAGCAAUAUGUUUAGCACAAGCGGCACAAAAUAUGUACGAAAAACGAAAAAACGCGCGCGAGCACAGACCACAACAAAUAGAUUGGCAGUGAAAAUUGAAUAAACAACCAACUCAAAUUGACGUACAAAAAAGCAACUGAUAAACUUAUAAGAUACCGGAACUUGAAAGAUGCAAGAAUUUAGUGUUUUCUGUUUUUUUUAGUUGAUUUGAUUUGAUUUGAUGACAACUUGCAUUUUUGAAAUGUGUGUGCGUUUCAUGGCAUAUUAAUUAUUUUAAUUUUCUUUUAAGUAAUUAUUAGUUUUUAAUUUUAAUUUUCACGUUAUGACACAAUUUAUAUGAAUGUUUUAUGUUUUGUAGUAAUUACUAAAAACAAUAUGCGUACCUUAACUAAAUGAAGAAAAGAUAAACAAAAUCAGAAACGAACACAAGUAUGGGACAGAGUAAUGAAAAUAAUAAUUACUAUUUUCAUGGGUUUUCAGUUUGUUUUGUAUGAUUUCUAAUAUUAUUAUUUUUUAACUUAACAAACAACAAAUAGUAGUAACUAGCAGUUUGUAAACCAUAGUUUUAAUUGACUUAUUUUUUUGUAAUAUUUUUACAUACAUAUAUUUAUCUUAUUUUGAGCUCGUUUCAUCGCAUUCCUUGCGUUAAGUUUGUAAUUGAUUUGCGUUCAUACUUUUAAUUUCAAUUUAAUAUUACUUUAUUAACCUUUAUAAUUUUAAAUAAUAUUUUUUUUGUUUACGUAUAUGUUUUAAACCAACUAUUUGUACACAGGAAAUGAAAAUAAAAUUGUCUAGCGACAAAAUCUCAGAAACAAUUGCAAAGCGCUAGUAUUUUAUUAAACAAAAAAAAACGAAAAAAAUAUUUAAAAAUUGCAAUUUAAAAAGCAAAGGUGGCAUAAUGCUGAGCUUAUGCAAUUUUUGCACAAAUAAAAAUUAUAUGAGCGCUGACAGAUUUUGCCGCCUUGCAACUGCAGGUUUUAGGCCCACGCAGUCAGCAAGCGUGAGCAAGCAAACAUUUUUUUGCCACCAAUUACUAUAUUUUCCAUUGUGUACUUUUUAUUAUAUGUUAUAUUUCAAUUUAUAUUAUAAUUACUAUUACUAUUAUUAUUUGAUUCAAUUGUAUUACAUAACAUAUUGACAUUUGAAAAUCUUCUUGUUAAUGUAACUAAUCUCUCAAGUCGCGGCAAGCACACAGACAAAAACAUAUGUAUAAAACGUUGUUUGAAACUUGAUACUCCAGAAAUUUGUAGCCUCUAGCGCUUCAAAAUACCAAUAAGUGACAAAACAACACGUUUUUACACCAUAAACAAAAUGUUUUCCUUUAUUUCUCGGUAAGCGAGAAUGUUUGGCUUUCACUUGAGAAGAGCGCAUAGCAAGCAUAGCGUCAAAAGUAGCCAUUGGAAAGAAAAAUUGUCACUUCGAAUUUACAAUGUCCUAUAAACUGUUUUGUACAAUACAGCAAAAAUUUGACACACGACGCUCUCUCUCUUUGUCCCACCCAAUGCCCGCCUGACUUCAACGAGAACUUCAUUUUCACGCACAAAUUUCGAAAGGAGUUUGUGUGUUACUUUGUAAACUUUUUGUCCGAAAGUUGUGACGAAAAAUAUUAAGAAAAACAUUUUACCGGAUUUCCCUAAAUAUAUGAUUUUUAACACAGCAGUUAUUGCUAAAUAGAAAUUUUAACUUUUAUCAUUAUUUUUAAUUUUAAUUAUAAGUUUGUGUUUUUAUUUUAAUUACAUUUAAAGUUUAAUUCAAUUUGUAUUUCCCAAAAUUGUAUUGAGACAAAAAGUUAAAAGCGCUAAUACUUGUGGUUGAUGCGCGCACAUAUAUUUGAAGCGAUAAAAACUUUGACAACAACAAACCGUGUUUUUAACCUUAAAUAAAAUAUCAAUUUUGAUUUUUGAAUUUAA